AUGCAGGGGCCUCCUCAGGCUGGUGGUUAUGACUACUAUGCCGGUCAAGGAGGCCACACAGCCAAUGCCCCAGCAUCCGGCCCGCAAUCUAAUCCCGCCCAUACUCAUGGUCCCAGCCCUUCUCCUGCCUCUGCCAUGGGUCCACCUUCCCAGACAAAUUACAAUUAUGGGCAGCCACAGGGUCCAGAUUAUGGGCAGCCAACUCCUUAUUCCCAGACUGCCCCUUCUUCACAGAGCUAUGGGCAUGGAUACGGUGAGCCAAAAUAUGAAAGCCAUCCAUAUGGAGGACAUGGGGGUUCUCAGUCAUCGGUUUACCCCCAAGGUGGAAUGCAUCCAAGCUAUGGUCCGCAGGAGCAGUAUGGCAAGCCGCCAUCCUAUGGUAUGCCGCCGCAAGUGCACCAUUCUCAACCUUAUGGCCAGCCUCGGGCUAAUCAACCUGGGGAUGUGCCUUAUCAAGGUCACACUGCAUCAUAUGGUUCGAAUGCAGCACCUCAACAGCCAUAUCCUUAUGCGUCAAGUGGUCCAAUGCAGCAACCAUAUUCUCAGUUCGGUGCUGCACCUGCUGCUGAUGGGUAUAAUCAGCCACCACCAGUGACAGCAUCUGCCCCUGGUUAUCCCCAGCAAGGUGGUCCACCUGUUUCUGGAUAUGGUCACCCCGGUGGUCAGCAGGCACCUGGUUAUGCUCAGAUGGGACCAACUGGAGGCUAUGGUUCAUACCCAGCCUCGCAACCAGGUUACAGUGAACUACCGGUUCCAAAUAAUGCAGGUUAUGGCUAUCAAGGGCAGGCAGAUCCAGCUUAUAGUAGUGGUGCAGGUUCGGCUUAUGGUGCAGCACCUAGUGGACAGCCCAGCUAUGGUCAACCAACUCCAACUCAGCCGGGCUAUGAUCAAUCCAUCCCACAAUCAGGUGGUUAUGGAAGUGUUACUGCUAGUGCGCCUGUUGGUUAUGGAAAAAGUUUGUCACCUCAGCCUGGUUAUCCUCAGUAUGACUCAAGCCAGAUGUAUGGCACACAUCGCUGA